UUAAUCAGAAGCAGCUAUCUCAACUAGUACAUAUCCAUGGCAGCAGCUAAUUCUCAUCAACCUGUCUUGGUUUUGUUCACUACUUUUGUUGUUGCAGCUGCUAUUGUGUUGGCCCCAACUACGUGCACUGCUCAACUCACUUGUGAUUUCUAUCAGCAGUCCUGCCCUCAGGCAUUGCAAACCAUCAGAUCAGUUGUCAACGAAGCUAUUAAUCGGGAGAGGCGCAUGGGAGCAUCGCUCCUACGCUUGCACUUUCAUGACUGCUUUGUCAAUGGGUGUGAUGGAUCGAUUUUGCUGGACGACACAGUGAACUUCACAGGUGAGAAGACGGCGGGUGCGAAUCUGAACUCUGUUAGAGGUUUUGAUGUAAUUGAUGAAAUUAAAGCAACCCUCAAUACAUAUUGCAAUGGCAAUGUGGUCUCAUGUGCUGAUAUCUUAGCAGUUGCAGCUCGUGACUCGGUUGAGAUUGUAAGUGCUAAAAAAAGCCUUCGAUGUUUAAAUUGUCUAAAAAGGAUUUUCCUAGCCAUUUUAUAUUUUGCAUGUUAUGUUGUUAACUAA